UUCGACCAAUGAGAGAAAAAGGUUGCACACUCCUGCCAGGUUUCAGCCAAUCAGAGCCGCACUUCCUCCAUUUCCUGUUGUGGACUCCGAGUUGGACAGGGCAACCCUCUUGUCCAGAAUAUGAAUUAAAAUGCUGCUUUAUGCUGAAUGACUUUACUUUUCCCCUACCCUAAGGUGUUGCUCAUAACCGAGCCGCAUGCUACGGGCCAAGGAGAUGGCAGAUAUCGGCUGUUGCGCCUGAUGUCAUGACGCGUCUGUUGGUAUUCACUUGACAACCGCGGAUCAGAUACAGACAUUCAGGGACCAUCAUGCCCAUCACAUUGCUGUGGGCCGUGGAUGUGUAUGGCAGAGUGUACAGCCUCUCCACUGCUGGCCAGCGCUGGGUGCGCGCUGAUGACACGCUGCUGGAGCUGAAGCGCGUCACUGCAGGGAAGGGACGCUGCUGGGGCAUCGGUUGUGAUCACCACGUUUACCUCAAUAUGAUGCCCAGUGAGACAUCCAUCCGGUAUCGGGAGGAGACCUAUGAAAACCAGCGGUGGAACCCAGUGGACGGCUUCACUGACGUCCUGCUGCCCACUGACCGUUGGCCGUGGAGCGAUGUGACCGGGAUGAAUCCACAGCCACUCCACAGCUUCCAGCUGCCCUCACGCAGCUGGGAGUGGGAAGGAGACUGGUAUGUGGAUCAAACCUGCGGAGGAGAAUCCAACCAAACUGGGGGCUGGGAGUAUGCUGUUGAUUUCCCGGCCAACUUCUCUCCAGACAAGAAAUGGAACUCUUGUGUCCGUCGUAGAAGAUGGAUCCGUUAUAGAAGAUACACAGCACAAGGCACUUGGGCAAAGAUACCCUUGGACAAUCUCAGAAAAACCCCACUGCCCCUCUGUGAUAUCAGCUGUGGUGGCUGGGAGAUGAGUGACCAGUCUGGGAGGUACCCCUACCUCUGGGGUGUGUCCCAACAAGGACAGGUGUGGUUUAGAGAAGGUAUCCACCCUCGUGUCCCAGAAGGCACCAGCUGGGAGGAAGUGGAAGUGCCCAAAGAGGUGGCUCAGUUAUCAGCUGGCCCUGGAGAUCUUCUUUGGGCCUUACUGUGGGAUGGGAAUCUGUUGGUUCGUACUGGUCUCAGUCUGGACAGCCCAACUGGUACCUCCUGGGUGGAAGUGGAUCCACCAGGAAAGGAGGUUGAAGCUCUUCAUGUGGCUGUUGGAGUCAGCGUGGUCUGGGUUGUCACCAAAGACUACAAGGUGUGGUUCAGACGUGGUGUAAACUCCCACAACCCCUGUGGCUCUGGUUGGAUCAGCAUCGGAGGGGAGAUGAUGAUGGUGGAUGUGGGACUCAAUGACCAGGUGUGGGCGGUUGGUGAAGACCGUGGUUUGUAUUUUAGGAUGGGUGUGGCCCCGUCUGAACCAAGUGGAAAUGGCUGGAUCCCUGUUUCUGCCCAGUGGGGCUGCAAUAAAGAGGUUAUACCACAAAGGGAUGAGGGUGAGUUUAGUGGCCAGCUGACUGAAGCCUCACAAGGCUCAGUACUGAGCUGCACUGACUCAGACUCAGAGUUAGGUCCUACUGACCCACAACGCAGUGCAACUAGCACCCCAGUCUUGGAGGCAGAGGCUCCCUGUAUAGUCCCCUUAGGUGGAUCCGACACACCUGCACCUUCCGAUGAAAUAAAAGACUCUCCAUCAGCCCCCCAGCAGGAUGCCCCUAAACCCUUCAUCCCCACCAGUGACAGCUUUAUCAACAGUCUGGUCUCAGAUCGUGACAGAGCUCCCACACCCCAAGCGUCCAUUAAAGAGAUACCACAAGAAGAGGACGAGGAGUUAAGUCCUGCACCGAUACUUCCAACCCCUCUGGCUGCAGGACAUGAUGUCCCCUGGAUGAAUGUUGACCUGGAGGGUGCUGAAGCUGCUCGAAGUGCAGAGGCAGCCAGCCGUUUGAUGGGUGGUGGUGGAGCAGCUGCCACUUAUGCUCUGGGGACUCUGGAGAACUCACAAGGCAUUGGAGAAGAGGACGGGCCAGUGUGGGCUUGGAUUUCUGGUGGAGGUUGUGAUGUGGACGCAGCUUCACAGAUCAGCUGGCUCAGUCCUACAGGCCCUCUCACCAGUUCCCUGUCACUGACUCCAGUCCAGUCAGCAGCCUGGAGCGAGCAGCCUCAGCAGCACGAACAAAGAGAGGACAUCAGCAAGAAACCACUGGAGAGAAGCAAUUCAGUGUGGGUGCGUAAAGGUACACUGCGGUGGUGGAGAGAUUGGAAACCCCACCGCUGGGUCGAUGUGGGUGUUGCUCUUGAGCAAUCCACCAGGUCUGAUGGCAGGAAGGACAGCAUUUUCUUUGUCUAUUACACACAGUAUGAUGAGAAAAAGUACCUACAUGUCUUUAUAAAUGAGGUGACAGUGUUAAUGCCGGUGCUCCGGGACUGCCACUAUGCCUUUGUUGUGUACACAGCCGAAAGAACCAAGCAGAGGUGGCCUCUGGUUCUUGCAGCUCAAACUGAAAAAGACAUGAAUGACUGGUUGAACCUCUUGUCUGACUGUUGCUGUGAAUGUCGAGGAAUCACAAGUGCUCCGUCGAGACCGGCUCUUUGGUCCACCACCUCAAAGGGAGACAUCAUGGUCCAUGAGCCAUCCUUCUCCCUGGAGGCCCCUGCACACACAAUGGCCUGUGACCUCAUGUUUUGGCGUCAGGUCCCGGGCCACCUGCGCUGUGUAGAGUCUAACAGUCUGGGGCUGGUGUGGGGCAUCGGGUGGGACGGCACCGCCUGGGUCUAUACUGGGCACAGUGGGCAACAGCCAAAUUCGGGAGUUGCCUCUCAGAUGCAUCAGCAGACUGAUGUCAGGAGUAUUCAUGUGUACGAGAAUCAAAGAUGGAACCCUAUGACUGGAUAUACUGACAAAGGACUUCCUACAGACCGCCCUAUGUGGAGUGAUGAAAGCGGACUGAAGGAGUGCACCAAAGCCAACACCCAUCCACCCUCCCCUCAGUGGUCCUGGGUCUCAGAGUGGGCUGGCGAUUACAACAUCCCUGGAGGAACAGACAAAGAAGGCUGGCAGUAUGCCGCAGAUUUCCCCACGACAUUUCAUGGCCACAAAACCAUGAAGGACUUUGUCAGGCGCAGAAGAUGGACGAGGAAGUGUAAGAUCGCCAUUAGAGGUCCAUGGAAGCAGGUUCCUCCCAUCUGUCUGAGUGACAUCUCUUUGAUGCCAUGUUUGGCCCAGAGCAGGAUGGAGCAGGUCCCUGUCUGGGCCCUCAGUGAUAAGGGAGAUGUCUUGUGUCGGCUGGGAGUCAGUCCCCAAAACCCUGCGGGCAGCUCCUGGCUCCAUGUAGGCACAGACCAGCCUUUUAAAUCUAUCUCCAUCGGCGGAGCCAAUCAGGUGUGGGCCAUCGCCAAAGAUGGAGCUGUGUUUUACAGAGGAUCAGUUUCCCCUCAAAACCCUGCAGGAGAAUGCUGGUAUCACAUCCCCUCUCCACCAAGACAGACCCUCAGACAGCUGUCCGUUGGACGGACUUCUGUCUUUGCAGUAGAUGAAAACAGUAACCUCUGGUACAGACAGGGACUCACCCCCAGCUACCCUCAGGGCUCUGCCUGGGAGCUCAUCUCUAAUAAUGUCACCAAGGUUUCUGUUGGACCGCUGGACCAGGUCUGGAUCAUAGCUGAUGGAGUCCCAGGCUUCCCUUUCGAGACACCAGGAGCCAUCUGCCACAGGCUGGGUGUAGGACCCAUGCAGCCCAAAGGCCAGUCCUGGGACUAUGGUAUAGGGGGAGGAUGGGAGCAUAUCAGUGUGAGGGGGAACUCAGCAGAGGCUCCACGGGCCCCUCACCCUCCUCCUGCAGGCCCCCCACGCAGCCCGGUACCCCAACGACCUUCGACUCAAGCGAAUGGGAAUGCUGUGUGUGUGUAGCACCCUCCCAUUUCUUCCUCCUCCUCAGCCCUGUUUGUGCCUGGAUCCACAUUCAUCUCCUUGGACCUUUUCCACAUUCUCUUCAUGUAAAGGGACUGCACAAGCAUACCACCAAGUCUAGACUGCUUUUGUUUGGAUUUGAUCGACGAAUGUCCCGGCCUGACGCGUUUCUAAAGAAGAAAUCAUUUUAAUGUUCAGUUAAGACAGAAAUGAGAGCAAAAACAAAAACAAAAAAGGAUAUCUUGUAGGACAAUUUCUUUAACAGAAAAGUGAGUGCAUGCAUUUUCUUAUUAAGCUUUGGCCACUGGGUAUCAUGGGAUGGAGCAAUAGCUUUUAUUAAAUUAUUCAGUAUCCUGUGAAAAACCUAAAACGGUAAGAUUUCAGUGACGGGCUAAGGGCUGGUUACCAUAUGGUCUUCAAACACACGAUCACUGUAGCCUAAACUGUAUUAGUUUGUAUUGUUAUGUUGAUCUCUUUGUUUUUAUUUGCAUGUGAUCUCACUUAUUUAUUUAUUAUGCAUUGAAGUUUAUUUCUCUUUUUAUUGUAGCCUCUUGUGUUUGCAAUAUAGUGUUUUCCCCAUGUUUCUACAACAUACCUUCUGAGGGCUUUUUCAAGAUGAAAACCUUGAUUAUUAAAGCGUAAUUAAUCACUUUAAACUAUCAGAUUAUAUCCAUAUCCUCUUGCAAUAAAAAGGUCUUCCUGUUAGUAUUUAUCUGCAUCCACAAAAUUACUAUGACUGUUGACUCUGCAGCAGGUCUGAACGUCACCGUGACCAGACCGAUGUUCAUCUCAUAAGGACAUUGAAAUGUGAAAUAAAAAUGUGAAAAUACUCAUUUCUUUUUGUUAUUUUAAAAUAGAUCUAGAAAACAAGGAAGUUGCACCAGACCUACACUUUCAUGAUAGACAUCCCCACAGCAUAAUGCUGAUAUUACAACAUUUGACUGUAGGAAUGGUAUUAGUGUAAUAAAGUGAUGCUUCGCGCCUGG